GCUGAACUUGAGCUCCAUCAACACAACAAACGGGCCUGCUUCUUUGGAGAAGCUCACGAGACCAUCUUUCAAUACUGGACCAGGAAUACACCGCACCCCACAUCACGGCUUUUACUCCAAGUACUGCGAUUGUUUUUCCCCAAUUCAUAACCCACCCACGUAAACACCCAUGGUAGCCUCGCCCUCCGCCCAGCCAACAGCUCCCGAGAGUGCAUCCCCAGACCCGGUACUCCAGGGCCCUGCCACCGUCCGACUUCACCCCGUUAGACAUGUCUCUACACCAUCAGUUGGACUUCUCCGGCACCACCGCAGAACUCCAUCGAUUGGUCGACAGCCAAUCAAAGAAACCAUUGAUGCGUGCGCGUCGUAUGAGAGUGACGAGGAAGGCAACGGAGGAAUUCGAGUCAACCAAUAUGUCUUGAAGCAGGAAAUCGGCCGGGGAUCGUUCGGCGCUGUUCACGUCGCGGUGGAUGGAGACGGCAAGAAAUAUGCAGUGAAGGAAUUCUCCAAAUCGCGGCUUCGGAAGAGGUCGCAAUCGCAGCUCCUCCGGCGACCAGGCGCCACCAUGCGUCGAGCUCCCGGAGGCUUCCUGACACCAGGAAACAGACGGCCUGCGUCCGAGAUCUUUAAAGAGCAGGAAGCAGGAAACCCACUCUACCUGAUCCGCGGGGAGAUGGCGAUCCUGAAGAAGCUCGACCACGAGAACGUAAUCAACCUGAUAGAAGUACUCGAUGAUCCCGAAGGGGACUCGUUGUACAUGGUGUUCGAAAUGUGUGAGAAGGGCGUGGUAAUGAAAGUCGAUCUUGAUCGCCGCGCCGAACCAUACUCCGAGGAGCGGUGUCGGCUGUGGUUCAGAGACAUGAUCUUGGGAAUCGAAUACUUGCAUGCGCAAGGGAUAGUCCACCGUGAUAUCAAACCGGACAAUUUACUGUUGACAGCGGACGACGUUCUGAAAAUUGUGGACUUCGGCGUCAGCGAGAUAUUCGAGAAAAACGCACCGAUGAUGACGGCAAAGUCGGCCGGAAGUCCGGCUUUCCUGCCCCCGGAGCUGUGUGUGGCUGGACACGGAGAUGUUAGCGGCACAGCGGCGGAUAUCUGGUCAAUGGGUGUCACCCUCUACUGUCUUAUGUUCGGAUGCCUGCCGUUCAACCACGGCGGUGUCAUGGAACUCUACUCGGCCAUAAUCAACGAUGAACCUCAAAUACCCGACACUGUCAGUGAAGAUCUAGAGGAUCUCUUUCGGCAGAUACUAGAGAAAGAUCCCGUAAAACGGAUAAAGAUGACUGAGCUACGGGAGCACCCUUGGGUGACAUGUCGGGGCGAAGACCAACUGUUGUCAGUGGAGGAGAACACCGCGGAUUUCAUAACCCUUACGGAGGAGGAAAUGGCAUCUGCCAUCUCCAAGAGCAUCCACAACGCUAUGGCCGUCGUGCGAGCUGUCCGCAAGCUGAAGCGCUUGACCCUCGGCCGAUCCAAAUCCCCCUACGGUUCAAAAAGCACUCCUGCCCAUGAGGUCGCCCGUCGCUCGCACAGCUUGGAUACAGACGAUCGGGUAAAUCGUCAGCAGCAACUCGUCGUCUCGGGUGUCAACAUGGAGAUCUCGCCAGACAACUUGGUUCACGCUCCCUCGGUACAGGAGCAGCCCGCCGGUCAUCCACCGGCAUCCGACGGCAUCGAGCAGCCUACGAUCGCUGUACGCAUGGUGGGCGAACCAGAAAUGAUGCAGGAAAUCCCACCUUAUUCCGAACCGUCGGCCAAGGAAUAAGAUGGCGAACCAUAGUACAUACUACAUACUGUCAAGAGGAGGGUGUAAAGCCUGGUGGUAGACUCGCAUGGUGGAAACGUGGUACACAUGGGUGGUUGAUAUACCGGAUACGGACAUUUCUCGUCGCAUUUAUGAGGGAUAAAUAAUUGUUCGAAUAUACAGAAUAGAUACUUUGGAUGACUG